CUGACUAGCAGUAGGGGCUGCUCCACAGGGCAGGAUCCACUCCCGUGUUCAUGGACUGCAAGCAGAGUGCUCACUAACGCCGCCUCUCCAAAUGUAGGAAGCCCAGCUGGGCAGAAAUGGAGUGGGACAAUGGCACAAUCCAGGCCCAGGGCUUGCCACCCACCACCUGCGUCUACCGCGAGGACUUCAAGCGGCUGCUGCUGCCACCUGUGUACUCAGUGGUACUAGUAGCAGGCCUGCCACUCAACCUCUGUGUCAUUGCCCAGAUCUGCACGUCCCGCCGGGCUCUGACUCGCACAGCUGUGUACACCUUGAACCUGGCCCUGGCUGACCUCCUGUAUGCCUGCUCCCUGCCCUUGCUCAUCUAUAACUAUGCCCAGGGUGACCACUGGCCCUUUGGAGACCUGGCUUGCCGCCUGGUGCGCUUCCUCUUCUAUGCCAACCUGCACGGCAGCAUCCUCUUCCUCACCUGCAUCAGCUUCCAGCGAUACCUGGGCAUCUGCCACCCCCUAGCACCUUGGCACAAGCGGGGGGGCCGCCGGGCUGCCUGGCUGGUGUGUGGAGCUGUGUGGCUGGUGGUGACAGCCCAGUGCCUACCCACUGCCAUCUUUGCUGCCACAGGCAUCCAGCGGAACCGCACCGUCUGCUAUGACCUGAGCCCACCCGCCCUGGCGGCCCGCUACAUGCCUUACGGUAUGGCCCUCACGGUCAUGGGUUUCCUGCUGCCCUUUGCAGCCCUGCUGGCCUGCUACUGCUGCCUGGCCCGCCGUCUGUGCCGCCAGGACGGCCCUGCAGGGCCCGUGGCCCAGGAGCGGCGUGGCAAGGCUGCCCGCAUGGCUGUGGUGGUCGCGGCUGCCUUUGCCAUCAGCUUCCUGCCUUUCCACAUCACCAAGACGGCUUACCUGGCGGUGCGCUCUACCUCCGGCGUCUCCUGCCCUGUCCUGGAGACCUUCGCCGCUGCCUACAAAGGUACAAGGCCCUUCGCCAGUGCCAACAGCGUUCUGGAUCCCAUCCUCUUCUACUUCACCCUGCACAAGUUCCGCCGGCGGCCUCAUGAGCUCAUGCAGAAACUCACAGCCAAGUGGCAGAGGCAGGGUGGCUGAGUCUUCCUAGGCGGAACCCAGGGCCGUGCCUGUGGCCAGGACACCAGAAGUUCCACCAACCCCAAACCACACAGAGAGUUAAAAUGUAACUCAACUAGUCACAGAUAGCCCCUUGAAGACCCCAGAUCUCUCUGUGGUCACAGAGACCAAGAGGCCUGGGCCUCCAGAAGCUUCCAGUCAGUCAUAGACAGUUAAAAAAAAAAACA